AUGGUGAGCUUAAGGAGGCGCAGGCUCUUGGGACUUUGCUCCGGGAAAGAUUCUUUCGUAACUCCACUUCCCAAGUCUUCUGACAAUGGCUUGGCUCUUGAAAAUUCAAGCCAGAAUGCCAAUCCAGUUAGUGUGCAUCCCAUGCCAUUAGAGGAUGUCAACCUGAAGGAGGAGAGGUUUCCACCAAAUAGUGACAACUGUUGCCAAGGUAGGACUGGAUCAUCAAAAUUUUCUGGUUCCAGCCUACCAAAAGAUCAGGAAAAUGAAAAUUUUGCAGGGCCACCAAUCAAACGCAGAAAGCGUCAUAGAAGGAAGCAGGUCCAGAAUCAGGAACCAUGUUUAAUGAGAGGUGUCUAUUUCAAGAACAUGAAAUGGCAGGCGGCAAUAAAGGUUGACAAAAAACAAAUUCACUUGGGUACCGUUGGUUCCCAGGAAGAGGCUGCACGCCUAUAUGACAGGGCUGCUUUCAUGUGCGGGAGAGAGCCAAAUUUUGAGCUCUCCGAGGAGGAGAAGCAAGAACUGAGGAAAUUUAAUUGGGAUGAAUUCUUGACAAUGACUCGCCGUGCAAUCACCAACAAAAAAUACAAGAGAAGGGUUGGUUCAGGAGCACAGCAGAGGACUGAGCACCCAUUGCAGAAUGGCGAAUGGGACAGUAAGAACAGCGUAGAUGGCUCAUCGGCUUCGGAAGAGAUGGAACCGGAAUCCUCAACCUCUUAAAUGACCUAUUAUUUCCUAUCAAAGCUGAAUAAUGAUGGUAGUAAUAGUUAAAUUGUUGCCACUAGACCUGCAAAUUUUUUUCUACACAGUCCUUCGAUUUUCGAUUUACACGGGCCCCUAUUAGGGCAAUCAUGGUAGAACUUUAGUCUUUUUAGUAACGAUAUCUUUUUUAGUUUGAACUCAAUAAAGGAAGAACCUAAUUAUUGGACUCAUCAACUUCGAGCUUCUUUGGAGGCCUUUCAAA